AAUAUUAUUUGUUGUUGCAAUGUUUAAAUCUCUGAAUUUAACCCAUGGAGUAAUUCCACAUAAUACAGAAGAUCUGCCUCAUAGCCAGCUACCAACGCAGGCGUGUUCUGGGCCUGCUGACAAAUAUCUGUCUAUAUUGCGCCUAUACUUCUUUUAAUCCAUAAAAAACCCUACUGACGUCUGAACUUUGUAGUACACCAACCUGUUGCAGGCAGGUUGUUUAUCUGCGUUGUAAAAGUAUAACAAUCCAGGGAACUGAAAGAGCUAUAAAAUAACAUGCAGAGAAAUCGGUAAUGGACCCCCCUCGGACCAGAGACGCGUCGUGAACAGCUGUAUCAUGUCUCUUAUCUCGUUUGCCCUUUAUAGACUUACCUUUGAAACCCGCACUUGACUUUUUUGGGACUUUUGCUUUCCCGAGAGAGUUCAACAUGUCCGCAGUGAGGUUUGUCCUAUCUUGUCUGCUUUUCAAAGAGGUUGUCACGCUAUCUGGAAACUUCUGGCACAUCACGGAUCUGCACUGGGACCCGUCAUACAAGCUGAGCGAUAAUCCUGAAUCGGUGUGCGCAUCAAGCGGCAAACGACCUGCAGCCAAGGCGGGGAAAUAUGGAGACUAUGUUUGUGACUCGCCAUGGUUUCUAAUAAACUCCUCUGUUUAUGCCAUGAGGGAUAUUCUACCAGACCCGGACUUCAUAGUGUGGACAGGCGAUGACACACCACAUGUACCUAAUGAGGAUCUGGGGGAAGAAGCGGUGCUCCACAUAAUCAGCAACCUUACCCACAUUAUAACUGAGGUGUUUCCAAACACUAAGGUGUACUCUGCCCUGGGCAACCAUGAUUACCACCCAAAGAGCCAACUUCCUGCAACCUCAAACUACAUCUAUAACCGGACAGUCGAAAUGUGGCAGGACUGGUUGGAGCCAGAGUCACAAGGAACAUUUAAAAAAGGUGGAUAUUAUACAGAAAAGCUGCUAGGUCAAACAGGUUUCAGGAUGCUGGUCCUCAACACUAACCUCUACUAUGACCAGAACAAGGUGACCCAGGACAUGGACGACCCAGCCGGCCAGUUCAGCUGGGCGGAUCAGAUUCUCACAGAGGCAGCCAACAACAAAGAAAAGGUGUACAUCAUUGGCCACGUUCCCCCCGGUUUCUUUGAGAAGAAGAGAAACAAGCCUUGGUUCACGCCUAAAUUCAACAAGCUGUACUUGGAUUUAAUCCAGAAGCAUCAUUCAGUCAUACUCGGACAGUUCUUCGGCCAUCAUCAUACUGAUAGCUUUCGAAUGUUCUACAGCUCAGAGGGCUCUCCUGUCAGUACGAUGUUCCUCAGCCCAGGUGUCACGCCGUGGGAAACAACACUUCCUGGAGUUGUGGAUGGAGCUAACAACCCUGGGAUUCGCAUCUUUGAAUAUGACACUCAAACACUCCUGGUCAAAGAUGUGGUGACCUAUUAUCUGAACCUGACUUACGCUAAUUCAGCCCGCGGACGCUGGGAGAAGGAGUAUCGCCUCACAGAGAGUUUCAGAGUGCCAGACGCCUCCCCAGCUUCCAUGCAUCAGGUUCUGGAGCGCAUUGCUAAUGACCGCUGCUACCUGCAGAAAUACUAUGAGUUCAACUCUGUCAGCUAUGAUCUGACAGAGUGUAACAAGGACUGCCGUAUUGACCACGUAUGUGCAGCCAGAGAGGUAGACUUUGAAAGGUAUGAGCACUGUCUGGAAAAAGAAGGGGCAGCUGCAGUUUAUGGCCGGUUGCUGCCAGUUCUCUCUGUGGCUUUAAGUCUAGUAUUUGCUAAUCAGUAAUUAUCA